AUGUUAGGAAAAGGGGAUAAGUGCCCUCCGAGUUGGUCGUUUGUCGACGAAAAUAUCAAAGAUGUGGAACAUAUAAACCUCAAACCGGAGAUACAGCGGCUGUUGGGCUGUUCAAUAAACGAACACGUGUUUCUGGAAUACCCAUUCGCGUAUGUGCCUUCUGAAAUAGUGAAACGCCACUCUAAUACAUCCGGCUCUCCAUUCAAAAACUGCAAAGAAAAACUUGAAUUGUAUAAGGAUUCCUCAUUUCUUGUUGGAUAUGCAUCAAAGCAGCUGACUUCAGAGAAGUUUCUUAUUUGUCUUUCAGAGGAAGCUCGUGAUCACAUGAUUAAAAGAAAUAGAGGGGUCACCAUGAGGAUUCUUGAUUAUGUAAGGAUGAAAGUUGAAAAAACCCCUCGAUCCUGGAGGUCUUUAGGUAGCGAAGAUAACCUUGACUCGGCCUUUAUGAAGAAUGCGAGACCCUAUUAUGAAGUGGAAAUUUCUUUGCCCAUUUGUCUUCUACGGCAGCAUCGUGAACUUUCGGAUCGAACUGUAGAUGAUGCCAGAGACGGGUAUAUCAAGAUUGUUCCCCAGUACGAAGUUUUCGAGAACGUGGAAAUGCAGCUUAUCUGCAAAGCCGUUCAAACUAAUCUUAUGAGCCAAGAAAAUAGUGUCCAAACAUAUCCGGGACAUCCAAAAAAUGAGUGGACUCAAUACGAAUACGACUGUUUCCAGGAGAAAGAAACUCCCGAAAAUGAAGAAAAAGAAGUUCAAGAAAAGGAAAACAGGCAAGAAGGUGGAAAAAGUGGAAGCAAACAAUCUUCACACGAAAGCAUUGAGGGAAGUGAAGAAAAUCAGGAAAAUAAUAUAAGGAAAGCAUCUGGAGACCAUAUAGAGGAAAUGAUUGAUGUAAUCAGAUACAAUAAAGUUAUCAAUUUACACAGUGACGACAUAUCGAAUCUUGCUCAAGGCAUUGUUCAAGAACCACGACUCUCGAAUCUGAUUACAUACCAAGAAGAUACUUCUCUAAUUAAUUUCAGUUUCAGUAAGAUGAGAGUUAUCUCAAGCGCAUGCUGGCAUCCGAAUUUACAUCAUGUCGUUGCGACUUGUUAUGUAGACGGGAAGGGGAAGAAAGGUCUUGAAGAAGAGAAACUGCUGGCUAGAAGUGAAGUCACAAAUGAUAAUUUGAAUAAUACUGAUAAUGAGAAUAGUGAUCUAAAGGAUAAUGACCCUGAUGACGUUGCCAAUGAAGAUCAUGAUAGUGAAAGUUCUAAUGAAAGUAUUACUGAAAAUGUUAAUAAUGAAAGCGAUAAUGACAAAGACAAUAAUGUGAACACAAACAAUAGGACUAUUAAUAAUGGAGUACUAAUCUGGUCGUUAUCCGACUCACUUCGUCCCAAAAUGAUACUAUCAAAUUACGAAAUCACUCAGGUUGUAUCUUUCUGUCCAUAUAAGCCAGAUAUUCUCAUCGGGGGCAGUUUCACUGGUCAAAUCAUAAUAUGGGACCUCAGAGGUUUAUUAGAUUUCAAUCAAAAUUGUGAAGAAUUACCUACUAUAAAUCCAAUAGCAGUUUCCAACAAAGAAGCCUCGCACAAUCUGCCAAUAAGAAACAUUCGUUGGUUACCAUCCUGGUACGAAAUACGUUCCGAUGGAAGUUUACACAGAUCUCGUAGAAAAAAUCUGCAAUUUGUAACAGCGUGUGAUGAUGGAAUAUUAGCCAUUUGGGAUCUUCGCUGGCAUGCAAAUUCAAGACCAACUUCAAAGACUCCAAAAACAGACAUCCUUGAACCUUUUGAUCCAAAAAGACUGGAUGGUAUACUUCGACCUGUUUAUCAAAUUAUAAUUCAGCAUCCUAAAAAGUCUUGGAGGUUCUCUCCUUUGAAUAUUUGCAUUCCUCUAAUCAAAGAUGAAAAUCAAGGAACUAGAGAACUGGAUGAAAGAACUUAUAAACAACUGAAGAACUUUCUGGUUGCAACAUUUGAAGGUGAACUGAUCUGUUGUUCUUGGGAGGGACAAGAUUUUGGAACGGAGGAUUCCAGUUUGGAGAUGUGCAAUUUUAUAAGUCAUUCCUGCAUUCAUGAUGGUCCUGUACUCGAAAUUUCAAGGUGUCCAUUUUUGGACGAUGUAAUAUUGACCAUUGGAGGGACAGUUUUUGCAAUCUGGAAGGACGAUUACCUGGACUCUCCGUUAUUAUGGAGAAGGAGAUCUCAUUCUUAUACUUCUUCUUGCUGGAGCAAUAGAGCAGGAAUGUUCUUAUUGGCCAGAAUCGAUGGCGAACUUGAAAUUUGGGAUAUCACAAGGAAAACUCAAGACCCAGUUCUUUUACAGCUUAUCUCCGGGGGGACCAUAACAGGACUAUAUCCUCGCCUCUCUUCUAGAAUUAUAGGAAUUUGUGAUUACAACGGGGCCUUCCGAAUAUUCAUAGAGCCAAAAGAAUCCAAAGAAGAAUCUCUUGAAAGAGUCGAAUGGUUAGAGGAAUUUGUCUGGAGAGAAAUUAAAAGAAAAAGGAAUUUCUUUCUCUGGGAAUCUGAUUUUCUCAAAAUCAACCCCAAUGCGGUCUCAAGGACAAAAUCUCGAGAUUCUGAGGAUGCUAAAAGAAAGCAUCAAGAAGCCAGAGAAAAUUUUCAGAAGGAACAAGAAGAAUUGGCCAGAAAAGAAGCUGAGUUGCAAGCUAGCAUGAUAAAAAAAUCUGAAGAUGUGAUCUGGAAAACGCGGGAUUACGAAAGGAUGAAAAAAAUUCUCCUUAAGAAGAAAGGAUUUGUACCGAAGAAGUUAGAGGAAAGAAGAUUACCAGUAGUCGUACAGCAGAAUGAGAGGUAUUUAAAGUUGGAGAAAGCCAAGCAAGAAAUAUGCUUAAAAGAAAAAUAUUUCGAGGCUGUCAUGUCUGCAGAAUUUCCACGUAUUGAGCGAGAGGAGGAAUCCAGGGUUGGCAAGAUUCCAUUAAUAAAGGGAGUUGAACAAGAUAAUAAGAAAAAUUAUAAAGAAGAAUUUUUGAAAGUGAAAAAAGAGGUUCAAAGGAAGUUAAAUGAAAAUCCUGAUGUUUUUAAAUUCGAUUGGAAUACAGCCAUGAAAGAAGGCCGACGGCGACCAAUGAUGAGGAAAGAGUAGAAGAUUAAGUUAUUAAGAUUUUUUAUCAGAUGUUUAAUUUUAAUCAU